GGUUUCUCUUUUUUGCGUUCCGGCUGGUGGCGCCUGUCCUCGGCCCUGGACGUCUCCCUGCCUCAGGCCCACGUCUGCCCCCUCUUCCUCCGCGCGCGGGGCUAGCGCUGGCUUCAGGGACGGGAGCCCUCCAGGGACAUGGCAGCCACGGCGGCGCCGGCCGGCGGCGCUCGAAACGGGGCCGGCCCGGAAUGGGGCGGGUUCGAAGAAAACAUCCAGGGUGGGGGCUCGGCCGUGAUUGAUAUGGAGAACAUGGAUGACACCUCGGGCUCCAGCUUCGAGGACAUGGGUGAGCUGCACCAGCGCCUGCGCGAGGAAGAAGUGGACGCCGACGCGGCCGCUGCGGAAGAGGAGGAUGGGGAGUUCCUGGGCAUGAAGGGCUUUAAGGGGCAGCUGAGCCGGCAGGUGGCUGACCAGAUGUGGCAGGCCGGGAAGAGGCAAGCUUCCAGAGCCUUCAGUUUGUAUGCCAACAUCGACAUCCUGAGACCCUACUUCGAUGUGGAGCCUGCCCAGGUGCGCAGCAGGCUCCUGGAGUCCAUGAUCCCUAUCAAGAUGGUCAACUUCCCCCAGAAAAUCGCAGGUGAGCUCUAUGGCCCUCUCAUGCUGGUCUUCACACUGGUUGCCAUCCUCCUGCAUGGAAUGAAGACAUCCGACACCAUUAUCCGGGAGGGCACCCUGAUGGGCACUGCCAUUGGCACCUGCUUCGGCUACUGGCUAGGCGUCUCGUCUUUCAUUUAUUUCCUCGCCUACCUGUGCAACGCCCAGAUCACCAUGCUGCAGAUGCUGGCCCUGCUGGGCUAUGGCCUCUUCGGGCACUGCAUUGUCCUGUUCAUCACCUACAACAUCCACCUGCACGCCCUCUUCUACCUCUUCUGGCUGCUGGUGGGCGGGCUGUCCACCCUGCGCAUGGUGGCGGUGCUGGUGUCACGAACCGUCGGUCCCACCCAGCGGCUGCUGCUCUGCGGCACCCUGGCCGCCCUGCACAUGCUCUUCCUGCUCUAUCUGCAUUUUGCCUACCACAAGGUGGUGGAAGGGAUCCUGGACACGCUGGAGGGCCCCAACGUCCCGCCCAUGCAGAGAGUCCCCAGGGACGUCCCCGCCGCGCUGCCUGCCGCCGUGCUCAACGCCACAGUCAAGGCUGUGGCCGUGACUCUGCAGUCCCAGUGAGCCCAGCUGGACUCCGUGGCUGGCAGGCUCCUCCAGCUGUGGAGUGGAGGACUGAACGACAGCCCUGGUGACGUCUCUCUGAUGGGGCCGGCACCGCCACCACACUGUAGCUGCUUCAGCACCUCCGUGACGCCUGGCAGGGCUUCCGAAGGCCACAAGACCAGGAACUUCCGGCCAGGACUGCAAGGUUCUGCAGCCGGUGCAGAAAGUGGCCCAGCUCCUCUGAGGCCCUCUCACCACCCACCCCUUCCUCCUCUCUCUCCCAGUGUCGUGCUAAAUAUAGACUCGGUGAUUAAAACACUGCGUGAGGUCUGGAACUGCAGCCCCAUUCCAGGGGCCCACCCUCAGACCGCUUCCUGUGUACCUGGCACUUCUUCCGUGGCCAGUGGUCGUGUCACGUGUUCCUUCCUUAUACUCUGAUUUAGGCGGGCUGACGGUGGGACAGGCCAGACUCCAUGGAAUGCAGAGACAGGACAUGGAACGUGGCCUGGAGGGCAGGGGCUACCAGGUCUGUGUCACAGGAGGGGAGUCUCACAUCCAGGAACUGCCACGCUAACGCCGCAGCGCACCCUGCUUCCGUCAGCUCAACACUCCUGAGAAGCCAAUGGCACAGUGACCGCUGGACAAAACCUUCCAGACUAGAUCUACGUGAUUAGGAGCUUCUCCACCUGGGCCAUUGCGGGGCUGCUUUUCCUCCAGAGUUCACAGUUGAAGCCAAACAGCUUUGCCUCGGUUGUACUGGGCCCAGCUCCCUGCAGUAGCUGUCUUGUCCUUUUUCGAGAUUGCUGUUUAUUUACAAAAAUGGCCACCACGCUUUUAAUCUCCGCUUAUUAAUUCAGGUGAUUAAUGGAAUGAGGAAGGCUCGAGAGGCUGCAUCCUGUGGCAGAGUGCCACGGUUCAGGUGCAGGCUGCUCCGCUUCUGGGCCCAUGCACUGCUAAUGCGCCUGGGAAGCAGCAGAUGACGGCUCAAGUACCGCAGUUCCUGCCACCCUCGCGGGGCAACCCGAUGGAGUUCCGGCUCAUGGCUGCAGCCUGGCCCGGCCCGUCUGCCAAGGCCAUUUGGGGAGUGAACUGGUGGAUGGGAGAUCUCUGUCACUGCCUUUCAAAUCUUUUUAUAAAGAAAAAAAUGGCUGGCCGGUGCCGUGGCUCACUUGGUUAAUCCUCCACCUGCGGCGUCGGCAUCCCAUAUGGGCACCAGGUUCUAGUCCCAGAUGCUCCUCUUCCAGUCCAGCUCUCUGCUGUGGCCCGGGAAGGCAGUGGAGGAUGGCCCAAGUGCUUGGGCCCUGCACCCGCAUGGGAGACCAGGAUAAGCACCUGGCUCCUGGCUUCAGAUCAGCUCAGCGCUGGCCGUAGCAGCCAUUUGGGGAGUGAACCAACAGAAGGAAGACCUCUCUCUCACUGUCUAACUCUGCCUGUCAAAAAUAAAAAGAAAAAUGGAAUAGGGCCUUUGA